UCCUUCCGUUCCUCAUCAUAAAUUACCAGAGACCAAAGGUAGAAUAUCUUUCAUUUUCUUCAUCUCCAAGAUAAACCUCUAGAAAACCCAAUUGAUCUCCGAAAUGCUUCGAUGUCUCGCAUCUCCGCCGUCUCCAUCGGCACUUUUGUUGGAGUCUGCUGCCGGCGAUGUCUCUCGUAGCCGUCCGGGGAGGCCGAUGGUGGCGUGUUGCAGCGGGCAGAGGAGCAGCGCCUCAAUCCCUAAGCUUGAGCCUUUCAGCCGGAGCAGGAUCGACCGGAGGCUGAAGGACCCUCCCUUCUUGCAGAAGUCUGAGGACGAGCUCACUGUUUACUGCUCAACUCUAGAGGGGGACAAAGCCUACAGCUGCUGGAUGGCUUACUUUGAACUGAAAGAUCUUCAAGAGGAAAUGCCAAGAGAGCAAGUGGAGAAGUUUGUAAGGCAGGCUGGGGGCGUAAAAUCUCUUAUUGGCUGCUUGCAUGGGCUAACUGCAAUGCUAAAGAAGGAUUCUAAAGACCAGAAAAAAUAUGUUGCAGGAAACUCUAAGGCAGAGAAGAAGGAAACAGCCUUCCAUGUACCAGAUGGGAUCCCCAAGACUAAGCAGGAGCUGGAGGAAGAAGAGAAUGGGAAAAUGGCAGAUUCAUCGUUCACAAGGCUUCUAAGGAGCAUGGCAAGGGCACCUGCUUGGUAUUCUUGAGCUCCAGAUCAUGAAACUGGUUGAAUUUGUGUUUCAGAGAGAUGAACUAUUAAAGCUUUGUUGUAAAUAGGAAUGAUAAGGCUCUUACAUGUUGUUUGGUUGGUUUGUGCUAUAAAAAUGGCUUUUGUGAGUGGAGAUGGAGGGGUAAGUGUGAGCAAUGUUGAUGGUGGUUGAUAUUUUUCAAAUGAUGUGGAACUAUAGAUCUUGGUCUCCCCUUGCUUUCGUCUUCCUCACGUUUUCUAUACAGUUGUAUUAAGAUUUUGUUUGAGACA